UGAUUAUUCACUCAUUCUGAUCAUCCUUCACUCGUCAUUCACUCGUACUGAUCGUUCAUCCUUCUCACUCAUCGUUUCAACUUGAACAGUCUCAGUCUCUCGCUCUCUCUUUCGAUAGCUGCAACUUUUUCUUUCAUUUUUUUUCCGUUCCACCACAGUUCAGCAGCACCACCAACCAUGCACCGAGUGGUGGUCACGGCGGCGGGACUGCCAGAGCGACUUGCACAGUGGCUGCAGCGAGGACGACGACGACGAGAUUCAGCAGACGAGCAAGAAGAGCAACAGGGACGACUCGAUGCUGCCAUCCGAGCACUCAUCGCAUGUGCUGAAGAUCAAGAUCACCACCAGGCAAUGAUGACCAUCGACCGAGAACGAGACCCGCCGCUGCUGCUGAAGGGCGACAAGGAGCACACCGACGAGUGGGAAGGCGCGCUUCAGACGAUCGUCGCCGCGGCCACUCUGCGCGUGCGUGAGGGUGCCAUCCAGGAGCAGGAUGAUCAAGAAGACCAAGAUGAACCAGAUCACGAAGCGAAUGGCGGAAGCGCUGGCCUCGGAGUGGACGAGGACGAUCGAUACCAAGCUGCACUGUACGACGACGACGACGACGACGACGACUCAUUCAGUACGAGUGACCACCAGGGCAACGAUAAUCGGAUUGGAACAAGCACCGACGAUGCGCAAAGCAGAGCUGCAGGAAUGGACGGGCUGCGACAACGGCAGUUCCGCAUCGACGAGCUGCUCGCUCUGUGGGCUGCUCAGAUGGUCGUUGCGCUCGAACACCGGGGACGACACGAGCAGCAAGCUGCAAGCGACAGUAGGUCGCAAUCCAUGCAAGGGGUGGAGGCCUCCAAGACACAAGACACCGCUUUACCGAUGGACGAGUCUACCGCUCUUGCUCCGGCUCCUGCUCCGGCUCCGGCUCCGGCUCCGGCUCCUGCUGGACCGUCCAGACAAUCUCAGGCGCUCAUCCGGGACCUGCAACAGCUAAUCGUCACUCUGGUACUGAGCACUGGCUUGACGCCUCGAUGGCUGUGCGACCUGGCUUCAUCGUCGCCACUGCCAACAACGGCUCGGCUGCUGCAUCGCCUUGUCGCUCUGCUCGGCGAGAGCGCCGUGGUCGCUCUCGUUCAAGCUGUCGGCUUGCUGUAUGACUCUGACAACCAACACUUGGCGUGGAGAUGCCUCGUACAAGUAUGUCAGUCCCUCGUCACUCAACCUGGAGUCAGCCGCUCCAUGUUGCAAGCUCAAGCCACUACUGCCUUCCAGCUGCUUCAAUCGAUUCGCCCAGGCUCAUCCUUGGCGUGCAUGAUUGAUAUGGUUUGUGUGGAUCGCAAUCUUCUCGCUCUCGUUCUUCCAUCCGCGCUCCAAGAAUUCACACCGGAGGCAUCACCACCGUCCAGCUUGAAAUGGCACCAAUGGCACAAUCUCGCGAUCGUCGUGCCGCCACAAGAACUUGACGGGACAGUGUUUUCGACGCUGCUCGAAGACCUGACCCUUGCACAGACCAAUGCCUGCAUUGCCGAGGCCGUGCCGGAUCUCGUCUUGCUUGCCCAGACGGUGCUGUCUCGUGCCGACAAUUUGCCACAUUCGUUUGCCUCCAUCGCUUCUUCCUUCCUUCGCCAGACGUUCGACUUGGUGUCUUUGCCCACCACCUCGCGAGCAGGCAAUGAGCUCAUCCAUGCUUUGGCUGCGCGCCCCGACGUCCUGGCUCGCAGCUCUUUGCUGGCACAAGGCGUGUACUCCAGCUUGAGCGAGUCCGAGCUCCAUCCCGUUGAUGCUCGCAGCUCCCGUCGGGCACCAAGGAGCCCGACUGAAACGUCCACCGAUUCGGCAGUUCAAGCGGUUGUGCACCUCGUUCAUUCCGUAGUUCGGAGCACGGUCUCGGGCGCCAAUGCUGACUGGCUCGCGGCAGCGCGCAAGGUUACUCGAUAUGUCGGUGACUUGCACCCACUCCAUUUGGAUGCAUGGCGUGGAGCUGCCACCUGCCUUCUUUUGAACGCAUCAGUUCAGGAUCCAAACAAUGUGGACACUGCGGACGCUGGCAGCACGAUCGCGCUCGAGACUGGCGUUCUACGGUUGCUCGCUUGCUGUCUGGCUACCGGGGCGUCUUGGCAAGCUCAGAGCCCUUCGUCCGAUUCCAUGCAACGAGUGCUCGCUUUGGUCGUGUUCCAAUGCUGGAACAGUCUGGCCAAAGCCAUGCUUGGGUCUUCUCUCCAUGGUGAGGCUGCGCGGAUGCUCUCCAAUAACGCGAUUCGGCACGCGAGUAUUUCGCUCAGUGAUGCAACGAGCGUCGAUGCAACCAGUGGCGCAUGCGAAUCCAUCUUCCUUGGGUUGAUUGGAAAUGCAAGCACCGCUCCCGACGCCACCGCGACAUCGACCCAAGGUGCGGCCCUCGCUGUUGCCGAUACUUUGGUGGGCGAUCUGCUCUCGCUAAUGGCAUCGCAGAUGAAGUUGCUGUUGCAAAAUCAACCAAAAGCUGCCGAGAUGCUUUCUCCGAGUCUUCAACUCACGAGCGAUAGCUUGGUUUCACUUUGCCUGUUUCCGUCGAUGCAGGCGCAUGUUAUAGAAAGCUUGGUAGACGCCGGAAUAUCGGACGCGGCCUUGUCGGUGCAUCUGUUCUCGGCGGCUACGUCUGUCGUUGAAGCGCAAGCACGGCAACUUGGCAUUGCGCAAGACGAGCUUCUUCGUGCAAAAUAUCGAAACUCCUCGACAGUUGCACAGCUGCUUGACCACUGCGUUAUGAUGAAUUCGGAGCCCCAUGCUACAAACGAGACGGAUGUGCGAGACCAAGCAGAUCACUUUGGCAGUCGCGUGCUAUCGUCCGUGCUGAGCUCUCGUGUUGCCUUGUAUACUGCCAUUCAGCAUGCUGGCGCGUACUUUUCGCAACAUCGUGAGCUGUUUGCCGAUAUUCCUUCGUUUGAUCGCGAUCGUAUGACGGGAAAAUGCUUCCACGAAAACCCACUCCUCUUCCACGUUUUAUGGAUUCUUGCAGAGACGCCGACAAUCCUGCUGGACUCGUUAGUAUUGAUUUGCAGUCUGGUAAUCGACUUGCGCUCGCGCUGGAAAAAGUCGUUGCAGCCUUCCAGAAAGCAGUUUCAUGAAUUGAAGCAAACAAUGAUGUUGUUUGCCAUUGUGGAGAAGGCGCAAUGGUGCCCACUUCCAGUGACCAAACUGGGCGCGCUGGUGCCGCAUCUCCUGGGAAAUCAAAUCGCAAUACUUUUAAAGUGCGUGCGUGAAGCACUGCACAGCGGUGUGAAUGCAGACAUGGCGUUUGCGCCACUCGUCGACAGCAAGCACGAAUCGCCAGACUCGACCAGCAAGGCUCCUUUUGCAGUCAAUUGGGCUUGCUCCCCGCCAAAAGUCGCUCGGACGUGGAAUUGGCGAGUAGAAAACGUCGACAAGGGCAUGUCGCGUUACACGUUGCGAAGAUUGAUGGAGCCCAUCAAACCCAUUGUUCUUGGCAACAUGGCGCUCUUCGACACCCUGUAUGCUCAGCUCUUCCCCGUUUCCGAGGUCGCGAAUGACACAUCCGCCGUGUCGAGCGAGUCCAUCCUCUCGCUUGCGACCGAGUUUGUCCCGUCCGGGCAUUUGCUCUCGCGCCAGCCUUCCAUUCGCGAAGACAAGCCGGCCGUGGCUGUUGACGACGAGGGAGAGGAUGAGGAUGAGGAAAGUGUGACGGACAACUUUUUGGGUACCGAAACCGAGCUGGACCACCUCAAGGGUACUUUGAUCAACCGUUUGGACGGAUUCGAAGACGAGGCCUCCACGACUCUUCUCAGUGACACUGCGGCCGUCGAUGUUGCUUCUGUGGAUUCGAGCGCUUCGUCGAACGAUUCACUCGGGCAAGAAUAGCUUGGAGUGGAUGCAGUUUGUAACUUUUGAUAAGAGCCAUUUGGUUUUUGUUUGCGUUUUGAUUUUCUUCGAGAUACUAGUGCUCCCGUACAUGUAACAUCAUGGCUCUUUAUCGACAUCCUGCAGUAUCCCGCUUCACAUGUCCAAGGAGUCGGAGAGCAUGAGCUUCCAUUUGUCCUUUGUGUGUGUUCCACUUCCAUUGCUGCCAUUUCAACCAACCCAACAACCACCCAAUUUCAACAACGAAAUUCACCAUUCC